CCCUAGACGUCUCUAUAAUCGCUGAGGUAGCGAACUGAAAAUCUCCCAUCUCGCGGAGCCGCCAUGGGAAGAGUAAUUCGUGCUCAGCGUAAGGGAGCGGGAUCCGUCUUCAAGUCCCACACCCAUCAUCGGAAGGGGCCGGCCAGGUUCAGAAGUCUCGAUUUCGGGGAACGAAAUGGUUAUCUGAAAGGAGUCGUCACUGAGAUUAUUCACGACCCUGGCCGUGGAGCGCCACUUGCUCGAGUUUCCUUCCGCCAUCCUUUCAGGUACAAGAAACAGAAUGAGCUGUUCGUUGCAGCUGAGGGUAUGUACACUGGCCAAUUUGUUUACUGCGGGAAGAAAGCAAAUCUCGUGGUUGGAAAUGUCUUGCCCGUAAGAUCGAUCCCUGAAGGUGCUGUCGUCUGCAACGUCGAACACCAUGUCGGUGACCGUGGUGUUUUUGCCAGGUGCUCAGGAGACUACGCGAUUGUUAUCAGUCACAACCCCGAUAAUGACACUUCCAGGAUCAAGCUUCCAUCUGGUGCGAAGAAAAUAGUUCCAAGUGGGUGCCGUGCCAUGGUUGGUCAGGUUGCAGGUGGAGGUAGGACUGAGAAGCCCCUUUUGAAGGCUGGUAAUGCUUACCAUAAGUUUAGAGUGAAGAGGAACUGCUGGCCUAAGGUUCGUGGUGUUGCAAUGAAUCCUGUUGAGCAUCCUCACGGAGGAGGUAACCAUCAACAUAUUGGGCAUGCCAGCACAGUCAGGCGUGAUGCACCUCCUGGUCAAAAGGUUGGUCUCAUUGCAGCAAGAAGAACUGGUAGGCUCAGAGGACAAGCUGCAGCAACUGCCGCUAAAGCUGAUAAGGCAUAGACAGUAUUAUAAUUUAGAUUGUUACUUCGGUUUUGAGGUCAUUCCAUUUUAUUUUCGUCUGCCAAUUUUUCCAAGACUAGUCGUGUACGACCAAUAUAACUUUUUGAGAACCUGUUAUUUAGUUCUGGUGUUUACAUUUUGAAAUUUUGUUUUGGUUUUCAAGUUUGGUCCGAUAAUUAUAUUUUU